CUCUGUAAACAUUUUCCUGCUGUGCUCUGCACCCUUCGGCCUUUAAAUAGCGUCCUGAGGGCUACAACUUCUGUUGCUUAACAGUGACAGCAAAACUCCAAUUUAAGAGACCAUGGCUCAUCAAAAUAAGGCUGUGGAGUUUGUUCGAACAGGCUAUGGAAAGAAUAUAGUAAAACUGCUCCAUAUUAAGAGACAAGGCAAAUUUCAAGAUAUUAAAGAACUAGAGGUGUCAGUGCAGCUCACACUACGGACAAAAAAAGAUUACCUGGACGGGGACAAUGCAGAUAUCAUUCCAACAGACACCAUUAAGAACACGGUCCACGUUCUGGCAAAGCUCAAAGGGGUGCGGACGGCGGAAGAAUUUGCACUGGAUAUUUGUAGCUAUUUUCUGAACACAUUCAAGCACGUGGAGCGAGUGAGGGUGAACAUCGAUGAGGCUCCUUGGAAACGUCUCGAGAAGAAUGGAGUUGAACAUGUCCAUGCUUUCAUUUACAGUCCAGAAGUUAUUCAUUUUUGUGAGGCUGAGCAGUACCAGAAUGAGGCCCCGGUACUACACAGUGGUCUGAAAGAGAUGAAGGUUCUGAAAACCACUCAGUCUGGCUUUGAAGGUUUUAUCAAGGAUAAGUACACAACCCUGCCAGAAGUGAGGGACAGAUGCUUCUGCACUGUGGUCUAUACAAAAUGGCGGUACAAUAAAUUCAGGAACAUCGCAUUUGACUCAAUAUGCCACACUGUAAAGAACAGCAUCAUUGAGCAGUUUGCCGGCCCUUAUAAUGAAGGAGAGUACUCACCGUCUGUUCAAAAGACUCUUUAUGACACUCAAGUCUUGGUUCUCAAUAGAGUUCCCGAAAUCGAAGAGAUUGAGAUAGUUAUGCCUAACAAGCAUUAUUUCACCAUAGACAUGUCAAAAAUGGGGCUGACAAAUAAAGAUGAGGUGCUUUUACCUUUAGACAAUCCUUCUGGUAACAUAACUGGUACAGUGAGAAGAAGGCCUUUCUCCAAGCUUUGAAGCCAUCUGGACUCCUAGACAAUAAAAGCUGCAACUUUAUCCAUUUAAUAAAGAUACUUUCCUGUG